GCGUGGCGGGCAGCGGUCACUGCGGGCUCUGGGGGAAGCGGACCGGCUGACUGACCCAGCGGGGACCACCGAUCUUCGGCGGAGGGAGCAGUGCAGGGGCGCACGCUUGGCACCAUGACCCAGACGCCUGCUUUCGACAAACCCAAAGUAGAAUUGCACGUCCAUCUGGAUGGAGCCAUCAAGCCCGAAACCAUCUUAUAUUAUGGCAGGAAGAGGGGCAUCGCCCUCCCUGCCGACACACCGGAGGAGCUGCAGGACGUCAUCGGCAUGGACAAGCCGCUCAGCCUCCCAGCUUUCCUGGCCAAGUUCGACUACUACAUGCCCGCCAUCGCGGGCUCCCGGGAGGCCAUCAAAAGGAUUGCCUACGAGUUUGUGGAGAUGAAAGCCAAGGAGGGCGUGGUGUAUGUGGAGGUGCGCUACAGCCCGCACCUGCUGGCCAACUCCAAAGUGGAGCCGAUCCCCUGGAACCAGGCCGAAGGGGACCUGACCCCCGAUGAGGUGGUGGCUCUGGUGGGCCAGGGCCUGCAGGAGGGAGAACGGGACUUCGGGGUGAAGGUGCGGUCCAUCCUAUGCUGCAUGCGCCACCAGCCCACUUGGUCCCCCGAGGUGGUGGAGCUGUGUAAGAAGUACCGGCAGCAGACCGUGGUGGCCAUUGACCUGGCUGGAGAUGAGACCAUCGAAGGCAGCAGCCUCUUUCCAGGACACGUGCAGGCCUACGAGGAGGCUGUAAAAAGCGGUGUUCACCGCACGGUCCACGCCGGGGAGGUGGGCUCAGCGGAGGUGGUGAAGGAGGCCGUGGACACUCUCAAGACGGAGAGGCUGGGGCACGGCUACCACACGCUGGAGGACGAGGCCCUUUACACCAGGCUGCGGCAAGCGAACAUGCACUUCGAGGUCUGCCCUUGGUCCAGCUACCUCACUGGCGCCUGGAAGCCGGGCACGGAGCACGCGGUCAUCCGGUUCAAAAACGACCAGGCUAACUACUCGCUCAACACGGACGACCCGCUCAUCUUCAAAUCCACCCUGGACACUGAUUACCAGAUGACCAAACGAGACAUGGGCUUUACCGAAGAGGAGUUUAAGAGACUGAACAUCAAUGCGGCAAAGUCCAGCUUCCUCCCAGAUGAUGAGAAGAUGGAGCUCCUUGACCUGCUCUAUAAAGCCUACGGGAUGCCGCCCACGUCCUCUGCAGAGCAGCGUCCCUGAAGACUUCAUGGCCACCUCUCCGAGUCUUCACAACUCUGGGGUGGAGCGAUAAGCUUACCUUUACUCCUUCCCGGGAGACUAGGAUUUCCAGAGGUGGCUACUGAUGCUGUGACGCCUGAGUGCCUGUCUCUGUACACACGGAUACCUCAGCACGGCUGCGUCUCUCCUGUGAUUAUGGGCCCGGGCCUGAGUCUGGCUGAAUCGGAAUAACCUCCCCUGGUGACUUGUGCUGAAAAUCUGGUGCUCAAUAAAAAAGCCAAUGGCUGGGGUCGUGCA